AUGGCAAGCAUCACCACCUCGUUCAACGAGAACCACGAACGCGUCGGCUCCUGGUUCCUCGGACCCAAAGCUGAAAAUCUUGACUAUUUCUCCAAAUUCUUCCAUAUCAUCUUGGACGACAUGAAGAAGGGCCGUUUACUAUUUGGCCCCAACGACGCUCCUUCAAUCACUAAGGGGAUACGCGCGUCAGAAGCCUUCGGAAACGGAAUGGCAGACCUCGAAGAGCUACUAGGCAAACUGUCAGAAUUCAUGUCAAAUCACAAUGUUCCCUUCUACUCCCCCAGAUAUAUGGCUCACAUGUCUUAUGAGAACUCCCUUCCUGCUGUGCUCGGUUACAUGCUCGGUCUAUUCUACAAUCAAAACAACGUCGCUGUGGAGGCGUCCCCGGUGACCACUCUGCUCGAAUGGGAGGUGGGACAGCAGCUAUGCGAAAUGCUUGGAUACAAGCGCCAUUCUCUGGAGAUAGCCUCAUGGAACCCGCAACACAAACGCUCUGCGGACGAAGAGCCCUUUGGCUGGGGGCAUAUUACUUGCGACGGUUCCGUUGCGAAUCUGGAGUCCAUGUGGGUCGCUCGGAACAUGAAGUUCUAUCCGCUGGCUCUCAAAGAUGCCAUGACCGAGUCCAAAUUCAAGGUAAUCGACGGGAAAGAAACGGAAGUGCCGCCGCCUCUGGCCUUCGCCUACGAUACCUUCAGAGUUCAGCCAUGCGUCGGCGACGUGAAAUUUUUCAAGGACUGUUCCGUCUGGGAUCUGCUGAACCUCAAGCCAGAAACGGUCCUCGGCUUGCCGGAGCAGUUGACGAUGCAGUUUGGCAUCUCGAGCGAUUUCAUCGCAGGUGCACUGAACGCGUACGACAUCCAGACUGUUGGCAAGGACGCGUUUAUCCAGAAGUACGACAUACUGCAGCCGCACUAUUUCGUUUCUCGCACGAAGCACUAUUCGUGGCCCAAGGGCGCCGCUGUAGCGGGAAUAGGUUCCGGGAACCUCAUCGGCGUGGCCGUCGAUCUGCAAGCCCGCCUGGACACCGAAGACCUGCGGAAGCGUCUCAACGCCUGUCUGAGCGAGAAGCGACCCGUGUACUGCGUCGUCGCGAUCGCCGGCAGCACAGAGCACGGCGCUGUCGAUCCGUUAUCUGAGAUCCUGCGUCUCAAAUUCGAGUACCAGGAGAAAGGUUUGUCGUUCCUGGUCCACGUGGAUGCUGCCUGGGGUGGCUACUUCGCCUCCAUGAAGAGGUCCCCGCCAGUUUAUAGGACGGAUCCAGAAAAUGCGUUUGUUGGUACCAUACCGCUCUCGGAUUAUACCAACAAGCAGUUUCAUUUAUUCAAGCUGGCGGACUCUGUCACGAUAGACCCACACAAAUCCGGCUACGUCCCAUAUCCCGCCGGAGGCCUUGUGUACCGUGACGAACGCGCCAGGUUCCUCGUAACAUGGACGAGUCCAUACCUCGAUGGACAACAGGGAGGUGUGGAAAGCAUAGGUGUAUACGGUCUUGAAGGAAGUAAACCGGGCGCCGCGGCUGUGUCCACUUUCAUGAGCAAUGAGGUUAUCGGACUGCAUCCUUCCGAGGGCGGUUACCACACUUUGCUCGGGGAAGCGGUCUGGACGGCGACUAAGAUGUAUUGCCAUUGGGUGACUAUGGACAGCGGCGCAGAUGGGUUCAAGGUCACGCCUCUGCAGAUGCUCCCGGCAGAGAAGGACGGAGGCGACGUCAAAAAGGAGAAGGAGAGGAUUCGGGCAACCAUUCUCAAUCGACCGAACCUCGAGUUGGUCCAAGAUCAGGAGGCUUACGAAUUGCUCUGCCAAUUGGGGUCUGACCUUAUGAUCAACACCUUCGCUUGCAAUUUUCGCCUCGGAGACGAGCUCAAUAUGGAUGUGGCCCAGGCAAACUACUUCAAUCGGAGGAUUUACGAGAAGCUUUCCAUCCUCAAAGUGACGGAUAACAUGAACGAACGAGAUAUAAUCCUCAUGGCCACGAGUUUGUCUCAGGACGAGUAUGGUGCAUGUCUCACGAACUUGAAAACUAGGAUGGGUGUCAAGGGGCCGGAGGACCUUUAUGUCCUAGCCAAUGUCUGCAUGUCUCCUUUCCCCACAGCCCGUAACUUUGUUGGGAACUUGGCCGACGCAUUCCAGAAGGUCGCCCAAGAAAUCUCAGCAGACUGCCGUUGGCGCAACACGGUUUCGCCGGAUCGCCACACUUUCUUGCUUCAAGGCACGGAUCCCGUAUACUUGGUCUAUCUUCCGAUGUUCGAGGCUGCCAAUGCUAGGAAACGCGCGAUUGUCAGAGCUCACCUCCCUAAGGACAUUAUGGACCUCUAUAUGGGAGCUCGCACAGACCCCACCAAGUUCUUCACCCUCACUACGAGUGAAUCUGUCACCCUCGACUCCAUCUUACGCUCCGGGGGGUCCUUUGAUGCAGUGUUAGAUCAAGGAUACCCUGACUUGGUCCAUCGCAUUUGGCAUCUCUCUUCAACGUUCACUGUCUCUGACAUCACGGUCCUCGUCGAGGAGUCCUUGGAGGGGCAGCAUCUUGAUGCUAGCUAUCCCAAAACAAUGCCGUUCUACUUUUUUGGUACCCCGAAGGAAGCCCAUAUCGACCACUUACUCUUACGUGCACCAAAUGUUCAGAUUUGUGCGAGUGACGUGGAGUUUGACUUCGGGGCCGUUCAGAAUGUGAUCGAAGAUAUGCUGGGGCAAGGACUGGUCAUCGUCAUGAACGACGUGCCUGAAUAUGCCAUGCAACCUUUCACGUCCAGUCAUCACCCCGAGUUCUUUGAACCUAGUGCUCAACCGCAAACGUUUGCGGUGUCAGCAUACGAAGUUGCUGCCAGGAGCAAAGAUGGUCAUGGUCUGGAUGGAAGGCUGGGUAACAAGAUUGGGGAUGGCCACAUCAUCCUGAAUGAACGAAUCUACGUCGACUACAACUGCUUGAAUGCCGACCCAACGGAUCCCGCUCUUCACGGGCCCCAUUCCAUACUCAACAGGUUUGAUCUCGAGAUAGCGAGACUCUGGGACUCUUAUCAACGCAAGAUGGCUGUUCGCCGUGAAUGGAGGGAUGCAUUCUUCAAGCAUGUCAGGAGUGGCCCUCGCAGUGCGACACGAGGCAAGCAUGGCGGCCAACCUGGCCCAUCCCGUGACAUGGACUAG